GAUUAUUAGAUAUCAUAUCCAGCCCCGCCGACACACCGCACAAAAGAAACUGGGCAGUUUCAAUCAUGUCUCUCUUAGGUUGGAGAUGUGGUGGGACGCUGUUGUUGAAGCUGAAGUUGAAGUUGAAGUUGAACACUAUAGCUGCUGCUUCUUCUGCUACUGCAAGUGCUAGUACUACUUCUUCCCUCAUAAAUCUAAUCCGCCACAACAGUAAACGUUGCUUAUCCUUCGCCAGCAACCAUGAAGAAGAAAAAAGUUCUCAUUCUCAAUGUCCUCAUCAGCACAGCAGCAGCCGCAAAGCCCGAAUCUUGGUACGCGGCCGCAACCGCGGAGAUAAAGGUAUGGAUUUUUAUUCUGCUGAGGUGCUGGAUGAGAGAGGCAGCGUUAACAUAGGACCCGCCACUCUUGUUGCCACGGUUCCUUUUGACUAUCUUUAUGGAAACGAUGUUGAAUAUUGUAAACUCGUCAAUGGUUUUCUUUGUUUUCAAAAUAUGGAAGCUGUAAAUAUCUUGAAUCUCAGCGCUCCCCCACAGAGUUUGGCUCUUUGUAGUCCAGUAAGCAACUUUCAAUUUAGCGGUUUGGGCUUUGAUCCUUUGUCCAACCAAUUCAAGUUCUUCAGUUGGCCUAGGGGCAACAGAGAAUCUCCUAGCAUUUUCACGUUUGGUAACUGCAAUGGCAACGACAACGGCAACGGAGGAAGUAAUAGUUGGAGACAGUUAGCUCCUGAAGAAUUCUACGGAGCUGACUUAUUAUGUAAUAAAUUUUUUCGUAACCAAGUUGGUGUUUCUGCUAAUGGUGCACUGUAUUGGCUUACCUAUUGGGUUACCAAUCGUGACAGACUGCCACCCAAAAUAGUGGCAUUUGAUCUCCACGAGGAGAUUUUUAGAUUAGUCCCUUAUCCUGAUGGUGCUAAAUCAGACUUACGCAACCAUGUUGGACAUCUUGCUGCGGUUUGUGGACGCUUGGCUUUCAUAGAAAAGUUGCAGCCUGACAAAUUGAAUAUUUGGAUAUUGCAGGAGGACUACCACAAUUGCAACUACUCUUGGGUUAAACAAACUAUUCGUUUUCCUUUUGAUUGGUCUAAACUGAAGCGAUGGAGUCGCAUUCUUGCCAUCAACACUAACACCGAUGAGAUCUUUCUGGAAUUAGAUGUUAACCAUUGCUCUUUAGUCUGUUAUAAUACAAAGACAGAAAAUAUGAAGCGACUUGAAAUCACGGGAUUGCCUCAUUGGUCGGAACCUGUCCAUUGCAAAUUGGUCGGCAUUACCUUCGAUGAUGAGAGAGGCUGGCAUAUCUGGUGGUGAACAAGGAAUCAUAAGUUUAUAACUAUUGCAUUUGGUUACUCACGAUUCUUCCAGCGAGAUAAACUAGUCACAAAAUCCCAGGCUUCUUCUAUUGCCCUUGCAACUAGUGAGGCUUCUGACAUAUUGAGUAGGUAACUUGCAUGAAUUGAAGCAGAAUCAAUGAUAGAAAAUGUUGUUGCUGUGCAUACUGCUUCAGCAGCUGAAGUUGAGAAGGAUAUCAGCCCCAGUUUUAAAAUGGAGCUUUUCUUUGAGAGGAAAAAGAUUUGAUGCUGUGGAGAAAAAUGCUGAAGAGGAAAGGCAUGAAUUUCGCAUUUCAAAGAGGGGAAAAAAAAAAGUGUAAAUAAUCAUAAUCAUCAGCAAUUGUGAAGGAUAGGUUUUGAUAUGUGUAUUGGUCACGUAGUGUGUUAGUUAAA